AUGAGCUCCGAUGACAGAGAUCAUCGUUGGUUCAACUCCAACCACCACUCCUUCUGGCCCAAUCCGUCUUCUUACGAUCUCAAUAGCAAGAUCAUGCUCGCCGCAGUGGUUUCUUUGUCAGCAGUUAUCCUCAUCGUCUUCACUCUUCAUCUCUACGCAAGAUUGGUUCUUCGCCGACGUAGAGAAGCUUUCCGUGGCCUUCCCGUCGUAUUCCGCCACCCUUUUCAGAUGCCUAAGCGUGGUCUCGACCCAACGGUUAUCGCUUCUCUCCCUACUUUCACCGUUGGAGCCAGAGAUGACUUGGCCGCGGCUGCUACUGAAUGCGCGGUGUGUCUAAGCGUUUUGGAGGAGCAAGACAAGGCGAGAGAGUUGCCAAAUUGCAAACACGUCUUCCAUGUCGACUGUGUUGAUACAUGGCUCACCACUUGCUCUACUUGUCCUAUUUGUCGGACUGAAGUUCAGCCAAGGCCAAGACUUGCGCCUGAGCCAAGAGAAGGACCAGUCGGCGACGGUGCUGCACCACCAACUGCGCCUUCGUUGUUGUUGGAGGAAGUCAGGCUGAAUUUGACAGCGGAAGUGGCAGCAUCAUCAUCGAAUAACAAAACAGUUGGGUCAUCGGUUUCAAGGUUAGAUUCGUUUAAGAGAAUCUUGACAAGGGAAAAAUCUUCGAACAGGAUUAAUCACUCUUGUGUUGAUCAAGAUCAUGUAGCGGAUCUUGAAAGACAUUGA